AACUGUGAACUGUUGCUGCACUGCUCUCAUGUAGUAUUUGUACCAGAAGGAAAAGAUACUCAACUAAAACAAUAUUGUGUUAAAGAGUGAAUAUUUGUGAGCAAUGGCGGGCACAUCGGCAGCCAUAGCGCCCCCAGAGAAUUUAUACAAUGACGAAGAGGACUUGGAUGCCAGCAGUACUAGCGGCGCGGCCAACACACAUGUGGUGGCGCAUCACUACAAUGAGCUGAAGGAGGCCGGGCGCAGGGAGCGCCACAAGUCCAAAAUCUAUUUUAUGCGCAACUUUAACAACUGGAUCAAGAGCAUGCUGAUUAAUGAGUACAUGGCGAAAAUUAAGCAGCAGAAGCGAGUUGGCGACGCUUUGCGCGUGCUAGACAUGUGCUGUGGCAAAGGCGGAGAUCUGCUCAAGUGGGAUAAGGCUACCAUAUCCCAUUUGAUAUGCACGGAUAUUGCAGAGGUUUCCGUGGAGCAGUGCCAGCGGCGUUACCAGGAGGCAUUGCAGCGCGCUGAGAAAUCCAAGUUUGGGCACAAGUUUACCGCAGAGUUCUUUGCUUGUGACUCAACACUAGUGCGACUACGUGAGCGCUACAAGGACGCAUCGCUACAAUUGAACUUGGUGUCGUGCCAGUUUGCGUUUCAUUAUUGCUUUGAAUCCUUUAUCCAAGCUGAUUGCAUGAUGCGCAAUGCGGCGGAGUGCUUGGAGCCAGGUGGUUAUUUUAUAGCCACUAUACCGGAUGCCUAUGAGAUCAUGAGGAGAUUAAAGGCCGCUGGCCCAGAUGCGCGUAGCUUCGGCAACGACGUCUACAACAUUGAAUUUGAGUGCGAUACAGAUGCACUGCCACUCUUUGGCGCCAAGUAUCAGUUCCAUCUCGAGGGCGUGGUUGACUGUCCCGAAUUUCUGGUCCAUUUUCCCACGCUGGUCAAACUGGGCCGCAAGCAUGGACUGCAGCUGAUCAAGCGCAGCACCUUUGCCGACUACUACAGCGACACAUUGACCCAAGGCCGCCAGCUGCUGCAGCGCAUGUCUGGCCUGGAAACUGUGCAUCCACAGCGUUAUAACAACGAUGAGCAGUUUGCCCAUUUGCGUAAAGUAUUUGGCACUCAACGCUUCGCACCAGUGGGCUCGCUGUCAAAGUCCGAAUGGGAAGCAACAACACUUUAUCUUGUUUGUGCCUUCAAGAAAUGUAAGAAUAGCUGGGACGCAAAUGGGUUGCCAGUAUUUGAGUUCGAUGACUGAUGGAUUUUAUUUGUAUUAGAAUAUCAAGCAGCUCAUUUUUAAUUUGCAUGCAUACUCAGCAUAAAACAAACAUUUAAGUUUUUUAGCUCUUAAUUAAGUUUACCUUGUGUUAGCUUAAAAUAUUUUGAAAUUAAAGCCCGGUUGUAAGCAAUAGAGAUAGAUACAUUUUUUACAAUUGGCUUGAUCUUUUUUAUAAAUUGUAGUUAAUAAUAUUAUUAGUUUCAAGUCAAUUAACAAUUGUCGUAGCUAAAUGAUGUACACAAUCAUUUUAUUGUACACAAAUUGUAAGCAGAAUACUUCAAAAUGAAACAGAUAGGAAACAAAUAAUUGGAACAUUAACUAAAAUUGUACAGAAGUAACAUAUUAAACAGUUUAACUUAAAGCUUAAUCUACAAAAAUGUUUUGAAUCAAUACUCGCUUGUGAAUUAUAAUAAUUGGCUCUGUAAGCUUAAUACUUAAAAAUGAGAGGUGUAUGCAUAUAGAAAACAAAUGUAUGUUUAACCUAAAGCUUAAUACACAGAAA